AUGCUUAAGAAAAAACCUCCACCAUGGGGAAUACAGCAAACUGAAGCAGUGAAAGCUUUGAAGAAAAUUGCACAAGCUCCUUAUGCCCUAAAAAUCCUUGGGAAUGGCAAAAGAGUUCUACAUACAAAUGCCAGUGAUCACUAUUGGGGAGCAGUCCUGAUAGAAGAACUUGAAGGAAAAAGAUAUUAUUAUGGUCAUACUAAUGGCCAAUUUAAAGAAGCUGGAAAACACUACCACACCACCUACAAAGAGGCCCUUGCCGUAAAGAUGGGAAUUCAAAAGUUUGACUUCCACCUAAGAGGAUACUAA